GAUUUCAAGGGGAAAAAAACAGAGUUUAAAGUAUGCUCACUUCUGUAUUUAUAUAUAUUUAAUAUCUUUGCACCAGAUUCUUAAUGGGUGAAAUCAUUAGUGUCGUGCGGUCUAGCGUAGACGUAGUUAAUUCUGAUAAGUGACUGACAGCCCACAAGUCAUCCGACCAUCACAGAUAAACGGUAUGAAAGGAGAGUAUGCGCAAGUAAUAUUGGAAAAAACCAAAGCGUAUGGUUGUUGCGGGAGGUGCUUACCACUGUGGAAGCGUGAAAGUGUAAUGGCGGCAUUUAAAGGCAUCUGGACGCAGGAGUUCUGGCGGGCGGUCUCUGCGGAGUUCCUGGCCACCCUGAUCUUCAUCCUACUCAGCCUUGGCUCCACAAUAAACUGGGGAGCUGGCAAGGAGAAGCCACCCCCACCAGACCUGGUGCUUAUCUCACUCUGCUUCGGCCUGAGCAUCUCCACUAUGGUCCAUUGCUUCGGGCACGUCAGCGGGGCCCAUGUCAAUCCAGCCGUAACGGUGGCCAUGGUUUGUACUAGGAAGCUCAGCUUGGCCAAGGCUGUGUUCUACCUGGGAGCCCAGUGCCUGGGAGCGGUUGUUGGGGCUGGAAUCCUUCUCAUGGUGACGCCCAGUUCUGUGAGAGGUGGCCUUGGAGUAACCUUGGUAAAUUCCAGUAUCUCGCUGGGUCACGCCCUAGUGGUGGAGCUCCUGAUCACCUUUGAGCUGGUCUUCACCAUUUUUGCUACAUGUGACCCCAGACGUAUCGAGCUCAAGGGUUCGGCUGCCUUGGCCAUCGGCUUUGCUGUCUCCAUUGGUCACCUCUUUGCUAUCCCUUAUACUGGAGCCAGUAUGAACCCGGCCCGGUCUUUUGGACCUGCUGUUGUGACCUGGAACUGGGAAAACCACUGGGUAUACUGGAUGGGCCCGGUCAUGGGUGGGGUGGUGGCAGCCGCCCUCUAUGAUUAUAUCUACUGCCCCGACAAGGAGCUCAAGAAGCACAUGAAGGAAAUGCUGUCGAUGGUGCCCUACACGCCCACCAAGUACAAGGAGGCAGAAGACAGCCGAUACCCAAGAGACUUGGACGAGCUGGUCAUUAAGCCGGGACCCUUCCACGUGAUCGACGUAGCUGAGAGGAAGGACAGGGACCCCGCCCGGGAGGUACUGUCCUCUGUAUGACUAGCAUGUGACGUCGAGAAAGGAAAGCGGGCCGUGACCUUUGACCCCCAGCUCGUGUCCACCCUCAAGGAGACAUACAUCUGCUAGGACUCGGCGUAAGAGGACCAUCCUCAGCUGAGCAGCUUCACCUUCAUAUUGAACGGCCAAGGAAACCACUGACCUUCAUUUAUAGUAGCCCCAUGUUCAAGCCACCAAGAUGACUAAAAAUCAACAUAACCAACAUCUGACAUAAGCAGGGGCGUAUACCGAGGCCAGGUACUGAAUCCAGUUGGAAGCUGAUUGGUCCUCAGUAAGUCCUCUCCUCUGUCACUCACUGACUCUAAACAUAUCAUUGGCUAACGAUGAGGUUGGCCCCUCCGUAUGAAUUAUGGUGCCUCUAAUGUCCACCACCUUAAAAAAAUUCUAAAAUUCUCCUAGGACAUAAAAUAACGUUCCCUUUCUUAUUGGGGGUUUAAUUAGCAAUGUAAUUACACUAUGCUUUUAAAAUAACGGUUUAAUAUGCAAACACCUCCAAACCUUUCUAUACUGUAGUUCCUCCUUUUUUAAUGUAUGUUUUUUCGACAUCCUCAUCAGAAUCCUCGUUAAAAUUACAACAGAAAAUAUGCCUGUGUGAAUUUGUUUUUAACAGAUGUAAGAAUCGUUUUUUAAAAACACUUGUAUAUUUGGGGUGUAUAUAGCGUAUAUAUUUAAUUGAUUAAUUCAAAUGCAAUGGUUUUCAUUCUGUACCUCUGAAUUCUUUCUUUAGCAACUGAAAGUCCAGAUUCAUUCUUUCCCCUUUUUACAUAUAUUUUGAUGUGUCAUUAUGAAAAUCAGUUUCCAUUGCUUGCACAUUUGUUAUAGCAACUUUAACUGCAGGUUUAAUCAUCUUGUGAUGUUAUAUUUCAAGAUGAAUUAGAUAUCUUGUUAAGUAGGCAUAUUCCCCAGGGUCAGAAUGUUCCACGUUCUGCAAAUGUCAUGUGUUUUGGUUAC